CUCUCUCUGCCUCCCGCUAUUUCUUCAUCGUCGCGGAGCUAGAAACCCUAGUGCACCUCCCAUGAAAGUUAGGGUCCUUGGAGAAUCGAGAUUAGCGAUCGGGAAGCCGGAGGACGGGGACGAACGUUGCCCGUUCGUCGCCCUCUUCCUCUUGGGAUGAAUCCGCGGCGCUGGGGAAAAAUAGUAAGAGAAUGACAUCUCCCAGGCGAUCGAGUGGAAAAUGUUGUUCCUGUACACCGCUGGCUUCAUUGUGCGUCGGAAAGCAUCCCUAGUAAGUUCUUUUAGAUGUUCGAACCGGUCGUUGAGUAAAUUUCUCCCGGUACAGACAGGCUUGAAGAUCCUUCAGUUGAUUGAAUUUCCGUUCUUGAGAUUGAAGCCGCCAAGUGUUUGCUUAUCGACCGCAACGAACUCGACGAACUUUGGCGAGUGGAUAGAUAGGAGUCCCCUCUGCGAGAUUGUUAGAAAGGGAACAUGGGAUGAAAUACGUUCCGUGGUUUUGGAGGGCCCUGGGAUAACGAGCAUUAGGCUUUACAGGCUUCUAGUGGAAUUGAGAGGGGAGCCGCAUUUGGCAUUGAAGUUUUUCUUAUGGGUUAAACGACAAAAGGAGGUCCAGCUGACGCACGAGAGUUAUUGCAUUGUCAUUCACAUCCUUUUCAGGGCUAGGAUGUAUCAUCACGUUCAAGAGCAGCUCAAGGCUCUUGUUGCCAUGAACCAGGCCCUGCCCGAGGCUCGUGACGUGUUCGACGUAUUGAGAGCGACCCAAGCGGCUGUAUGUGGGUCAGGCGGGGUAUUCGAUUCCCUUUUCGGCGUCCUAAUAGAAUUGGGGAUGCUUGAAUCAGCCAUCGAGUGCUUUUGCAAGAUGAACAAGUUUAGGGUAUUCCCGAGGACACGCUCAUGUAAUAUUCUUUUGGAUCGUCUGUUCAAGUCGAGGCGUGCAGAUUUGUCGAAGAAGAUUUUUAAGGAUAUGAUUGCAGCUAGAAUAACUCCGAACGUCUUCACUUUCAACAUAAUGAUAGAUUUUAUGUGCAAGGAAGGGGAAGUGUAUGCCGCAAAAGAGUUUUUUACACAAAUGAAGGAAAUGGGUAUCUCUCCGGAUGUUGUUACGUUUAACUCGUUGAUUGAUGGGCAAGGAAAACAUGGUGAAUUGGAAGACACGCUUUGCCUGUUUCAAGAAAUGAAGACGGCAGAUUGUGAACCGGACGUCAUAACAUACAAUGCUUUGAUAAAUGUACAUUGCAAAUAUGGAGAUCUUCAGAAGGCUCUUGUGUUUUUGAAUGAGAUGAAGACCAACGGUGUGAAUCCUAAUGCUGUAACCUACAGCACCUUAAUUGAUGCCUUUUGUAAGGAAGGAAUGAUGCAAUGGGCUGUCAAGUUCUUUAUUGACAUGAAGAGGGUUGGACUUACUCCUAAUGAAUUUACAUAUACUUCCCUGACGGAUGGGAACUGUAAGAAAGGCGAUCUUCAUGAAGCAGCGAUGCUGGUAAAAGCAAUGGUGCAGGAAGGACUCCAUCCAAAUGUUGUGACCUAUUCUGCUUUAGUUGACGGCCUAUGUAAGAAAGGGCAGAUUGUGCAAGCGGAAGAGAUAUUCAGAGCCAUGACAAAGGUUGGUAUUAUUCCUAACCCACUGGUGUACACUUCUCUUAUCUACGGCUAUUUCAAACUGAAGAAUGCCAAUAAGGCGAUGAAGUUAGUAGAUGAAAUGAAAGAAAAUGGAUUUAAGGCUGAUAUAGAAUUUUAUGGUACAAUUCUGUGGGGCCUCUGCAAGCAAGGGUUGCUGUGUGAAGCAAAAGCUUUAUUGUGCUCAAUGUCGGAGGAUGGUCUAAAGCCCAAUACAAUUAUACUUACAACUCUUAUGGAUGCUUAUUUCAAGAAAGGAAAGGUGUAUGAAGCUCUUAAUUUGUUAAAUGAAAUGGCUGAUUUAGAGAUGUUUCCGACAAUAGUGACAUAUGGUUCCAUAGUUGAUGGGUUAUGCAAGGCAGGUUCAAUUCCUGAAGCAAGAUUCCAUUUUGAUAAAAUGAAAGAACUUGGACUUUCGCCCAACACAACAGCUUACACUGCCCUUAUUGAUGGUCUUUGUAAAAAUGGUUGCUUAGAAGAAGCUAAGAAGUUGUUUAGUGAAAUGCUGGCACAGGGCUUGACUCCAGACAAAGUCACCUACACAGCUCUUAUAGACGGUAACAUGAAGCAAGGAGAUCUCCAAGAAUCUUUUUUUCUUAGGGACAGGAUGAUUGAGAACGGUCUUGAUCCUGACCUUCAAACAUACACUUCAUUGAUAUGGGGACUUUGUUCAAAAUGCCUAAUGCAGCAGGCGAGGGACCUUUUUGCUGAGAUGGUUGGGAAAGGUAUUCAACCAGACGAGGUUAUUUAUAACUGCUUGAUCAGCAAGUAUGAAGAACUAGCGCAACUUGAUGAUGUCCAUGAAUUGAAGUGUGAUAUGAUGAGAAGAGGUCUGAUCUGUAGCUUACCAUGUUCUGAUGUCUCCAGCAAACAUGUUGCUUGAAGCAUUAUCUACAUCAUCUCUGAAAGGGAAAAAAUUAUGGUGUUAUGGGGCCAGAUCUCAAUGGAAUGUGAGAGAUUGUGUCUUCUAAGAAGUAGAAAUGUUGGAAAUCAAGUGAGUGGCUGGUUUCGUAGUCCAAGUCUGGAUCCGAGAACUUUCAUUUCUUGAAGACAUUGUUCUGCAGUGACAUCUUUUCUUAAAAAGAUGAUGUUUUGCCGGAAGCUUCUGCUGUUCUCAUGUAGAGUCUAAUCUGGGUCAGUAUACUGUUUCUUUACAGCGUGGAAGCAGUGAUAUUGCUCUGCAGAUGGUAUUCUGUUGCAUGUUCAACUGAGAGAAUUGGCUGACCUGCUCCCACAAUUUUAUCUUGCCUCGGUGCUGUUCUCUUUGUAGAGCUGCCCAUCUGAAAUCGUCUGGAGGGUGGUGGCAUCUUCUCUUCUGCGUUUGCUCUCUGCCGUCGAAUUAUAAGCAAGGAAGAAGCUUGUACAGAAAUAAAGCUUGAUAUAUGGAAGGGGGUGAAAUAAAAAGUAGUUGUGGCUGUGCAAGAAAGAAUAUAUGAAUCAACAACGCUCCAGGCUCCAGGUUGCAGUUUAACUCACUAAAUGAGACCGUAAUCCCCGACCUUAGGGGUUACGCUUAUAACAUCAACGUGCACAAACUGAUGCUGGUUGGAGUCUCAACCACGAUUGUCCGCCCCAUUGCGCUCAGCCGUUGGAGUCUGUUGGGGAAAACUGAAGAGGCUAAAAAAAGUGUGGAUCAAAGAAGAGUAUGAAUGCCAGUCUUGUGGCUAGCAGGUUUAAUCACGUCAGGUUCCAUAUCUAUUUGGAUUUUGUAGAUUAUUCUGUAUAUGUUAUUGAGAUUUAGCAUUUAUGUGAUUAUUAUCGCCCCUCA